CGACCCGGUUGAUGAUGGGCCACAGGCCAGGCUGCUUAAUCGAUGGCGGAGCGAGAGGGCGGAGGCAGGGGAGAGCAGUGGCGCGCCGAGCCUAGCUCCGGGAGAUGGAGCGCAGUGGCCAUGGCGGCGGCGGCGGCGGGGAGAGUCGGCGGCAGACAUUGAUUUGCGUUAAGAAAUAAUUCCAUGGAUGUUGGUCAUUCUACGGUAGUUCGCCCCAGUGGCCAUUCAUCAUGUGUAAGCUUGGAUGGUUUGUCAAGCCACAGGCUUGGAAAGCACCAGGAAGAAGCAAAGGGUCCUCUUUGCAACAUGGAAACUGUUGGGGCAGAAGGAGAAAAUGAAAAAAAUCAGCAUCAUGGAGAAAUCAGAGACUUGCAGGGAUUAGCAACUGCAGUAAUGAUUAACGAUGAACCUCAGCCAGUGACUCCAGGGAAAAUGAGUCUGCGCGCAGGAAAAGAACCAUUUUAUUCCCCAAGCAAAGAGGUGGUCCAGCCAUCAGCCAGUCCAGGAAUUAGCAGCAAUCACGGCUUGGACCGAGGCAGAGAUGAUGUGUCCUUAUCAAAGGAUGACUCAACUCACACGAUAUCAAAAAGCAAGUCGGAGUCAAAGCUGUACAAUGGAACGGAAAAGGAUCUUGUCUCACCUGGAAGUAAACUCACAAAGAAGGAGUCUCUUAAGGUUCAAAAGAAAAAUUACAGAGAAGAGAAGAAAAGAGCCACCAAAGAACUGCUUAGCAGCAUUACUGAUCCAUCUGUAAUCGUGAUGGCGGACUGGCUAAAGAUCCGUGGAACUUUGAAGAGUUGGACAAAACUGUGGUGUGUCCUGAAGCCUGGCAUAUUGCUGAUCUACAAAACGCCAAAGAAUGGCCAGUGGGUGGGGACGGUGCUUCUGAAUGCCUGUGAGCUCAUUGAAAGACCAUCAAAGAAGGACGGCUUCUGCUUUAAAGUCUUCCAUCCCUUGGAACAAUCUAUCUGGGCCGUGAAGGGUCCAAAAGGAGAAGCUGUCGGGUCGAUCACUCAACCACUGCCCAGUAGUUACCUGAUAUUUCGAGCUGCUUCAGAAUCCGAUGGAAGAUGUUGGAUGGAUGCGUUGGAACUUGCUCUGAAGUGUUCCAGUCUCCUCAAGCGGACUACAAUUAGAGAAGGCAAAGAGUAUGACUUGAACUCCUCGGAAGGCUGCCAUGUUGCGCUUUUUGGACUACUGCGAGCAAACGCUCUGCAAAGCCCAGAACACGACCAGUUAAAUGAAAGCGAGAUUGAGCAGCAGCACUUCAGAGACCAUGACCUGUACUCUGAUAAAUCAGACAGAGAGAAUGAGCCUGACCACGAGGAAUCCGAUAACGAUCCACUGGAGAAAAGUGGGAAAAGUGAGGAAAGUGACUCCGACAUAUCAGAGAAACAGGAUGCUCUACCCACUGAUCUUGAGCCAAUGGACAUCGUAAAGGAAACCACUUACGUGGAAGAAGCUCAUGAGGAGUUGGGAGAGGCAGGUGAGGAAUCUCAGAUAGAAGUCGUAUCCGACGAGAACAAAAGUCUGAUUUGGACUCUGCUGAAGCAAGUUCGGCCAGGAAUGGACCUCUCCAAAGUUGUGCUGCCCACAUUUAUCUUGGAGCCUCGUUCUUUCUUAGAUAAGCUGUCAGAUUACUACUACCAUGCGGACAUUCUAUCAGAUGCGGCUGCUGAGGAAAACCCUUACAGACGUUUGAAGAAAGUUGUGAGAUGGUACUUGUCUGGCUUCUACAAAAAACCAAAGGGCCUGAAGAAGCCGUACAAUCCAAUUAUUGGUGAAACGUUCCGGUGCAUGUGGAUUCAUCCAAAAGCAAACAGCAGGACCUUUUACAUUGCAGAACAGGUGUCCCAUCAUCCUCCCGUAUCUGCAUUCUACGUAAGUAAUAGAAAGGAUGGGUUCUGCGUCUGUGGGAGCAUCAUGGCCAAGUCUAAGUUUUAUGGAAACUCAUUAUCAGCAUUAUUGGAUGGCGAAGCGAGACUUUCUUUCCUCAGCCGGGGGGAAGAUUACAUAAUGAACAUGCCCUAUGCUCAUUGCAAAGGAAUUGUUUAUGGUCCAAUGACCCUUGAACUCGGAGGUCAUGUUAACAUCACCUGUGAGAAGACGGGAUACAGGGCAAUACUUGAGUUCAAGCUGAAGCCAUUUUUAGGCAGCAACAAUAAUGUUAACCAGAUUUUUGGAAAGAUCAAGCUGGGAUCAGAGGUUUUAGCCAACCUGGAAGGACAUUGGGACGGUGAAGUGAUUAUCAAUGAUAAAAAGACAGGACUAUCAGAAAUAUUCUGGAACCCUACAUCUGACAUCCGACAACAGAGAUUAACACGGUGCACUGUCCUCUUUGAUGAGCAGCAGAGCAUGGAAUCUGAAAAACUGUGGCAGCAUGUAACGCGAGCGAUACACAACAAGGACCAGCAUGAAGCCACGAGAGAGAAGUUCGUACUGGAAGAAGCCCAGCGACAAGCUGCCAAACGGCGGAAAUCCAAGGAAGAAGAAUGGAUGCCUCGCUUGUUUGAGCAUGAUCUGAUUACGGGAGAGUGGCAAUAUAAAUACGCAGACACCAGGCCCUGGGAUCCACUGAAUGACCUCAUUCAAUAUGAGAAAGAAGGUGUCAUCCAGUCAAAAGUUUGGCACCGCACUCCAAUGGUACGUUCUGCCAGUAUAAUUAGUCUCAGUAACCAAGGGGCAAGGAAAGACAGUUACAAGCGUCAGGUCUCUGUGCCAAAGAGAAUCCGGAGUAAACCCAGUGGGAAGCCGAGUCCUGAGAGUGGUUGCUCCAGCCCAGAACUCGACCGACAGGACUCCUCCGAGAGUGAAAAACAAAAGACGGGGAAGCACAGCACGAGACUGAGGAAGAAAACAAGUGAUCUCAACGAACUACUUGGUGCCAUAGAUUCAAUAAAGCGUACACAAGAGGAGAUCAACAGAAGUCUGGCAGCUCUACGAAAUCGAACUUCAGUAAGCCAGACCAACACGAAUCGCCACUUUUUGCAACUGCGGGACUACCUGGUGAUUCUCUUCCUCAUCCUGCUUCAGAUAACUGUUAAUUACUUGUUCAAUUAACCAUGACCUGACCAAAUGAAGCCAUAGAAGGAGGCAACAGGGCUGGAUGUCCUGAGCGGGGAUUUCUUCAGCGGGUGUGGAUUGCCGCGUACAGGCACCAGGCAAGCUGUUGGACCUGGUGUGCUUCACAUUUGAUAACAAAGUGCUUUCAAAACAUUUCCUUGUGUGUACAGAAUAUCCAUAAGCUUACUCACGUAUCUGGCAAUGAGCCACAACGCUUUAAAGACACUCCGUGCGUGCUGCGGCUCCAUACUUAGUUGCAAGAAUCGAUUUUUUUCCAGCUUCUUUAGUAAGGCCAGUUUUAGCAUAAGCCAUAUACUAAAUUAUGUGUAAGUAUUAAAAUACCAGUAACGGCACAAAUGCUCACCUGACAUAUCAGCGCGCACUUGCAGCUAUUUCUGAAUGCUGUUUCUGCCAUUCCCUUUCGCAAUCACUGCUUUGUAUAUGAAUGUUACAGCCCUUUAAGAGAGUCACGUGAGCAUAGCGGUCUCGUUCGUUGCAGACGCACUCACUUUCAGCAGGGUCCAAGGUAUAUUUGUACUUUAAAAAGUAUUCUGGCGGGGCAGAAUGUUGAAGAGGGCUGGAGCAGUGCCUUCUGGAAGACUUCACACCAGUGUUCAGGAUUUGCUAACAACGUGUUGGGGCUGUGCCAUAGAGGGGGAAAAAAGCCUUAACAUUCCACUUUAGUCGUUAAGUUCAUUUAACGCAUCGUGAUAUUAUACUGCCAUUAAUACCCAUGUGGUAGCUUGUAAAACCAGAUUGUAUUCUGACUUUUGUUGUAAAAAAUGGUUCCAAACAAGUGUAGUUUUUUUUUAACUUUUGCGUUAGUUAUUCUUGUUUCCUGGCUGUCAGUAACUUUAUUUUGUCCAUUCCAACUGGUCACAGAACUGGACUGUAAUUUUGAUUUCUGGGUGUUCAAUCCAAAAGUGAUUUUGUGCACAUAAAGUACCACGUAUAAACUAGAAUCUCAGCAAUUGUUAUUGUUGCAGCAACCUAUGGUAACUGUUUGGAAAAAACCCACAGAUUAUGCCUAAAAGGAUAUUGUUGUGCUUUUUUUUUUACAUAUUGAAAGUUGAACACAUGAUUAAAGAUAGCCAUUGAUGGAAUCAUGUAAAUGUUUUAUCGAUGUACCUAAGUAUUUAUUUGUGAAACAACCUUUUGUUGUACUAAGAUUUAUCAAACUACUUUGUUUCCAUAAAUUCUGCAUUUUCUCACAAUGUUGACUUAACCAAUAAAUAUCGAAACAAGUGUCCACGGCACCACGAGCACUUCAACGUACUUCCCCGGUGAGGUUGCCUUCAUCUGGGGAAAGGUUUCUAAACACAGUAUGGUCACAGUUUUGGUGAUGGUAGCAAGCUGGUGACAAGGUAUGGAAUGUUGGGUUUCACUCAAUAACCACUUGUGCAAGCACGCUCUUUGUAAAAUGAUAUUUAUGAUCACUAAUUUAAUAAAGAUCUGUGAUCCCUACUGCAACCA